AUGGGAUCCAUUUUGAAAUCACCCGUCGACGGCCCUGUAUAUUCACUGUUCUCGACGCUCCCGGAAGCGCCGCCUGACGAACCAUUUUCCGUGAAUGGAGCAUACAAGAAAGAUUGCAGUCCGCACAAGGUCAAUCUGGGGAUAGGAGUCUACCGCACUUCUGAGGGAAGCCCAUGGCCCUUGCGUGUGGUGGAAGAGGCAGAAAAGCAAAUCCACGAAGCAAGCGAUAUCAACAGACAUGAAUAUACUGCCAUCCAAGGAGAUCCAGAAUUCCUCAAUCUCGCUGCGGACCUUGUUUUUGGUUUUGGAGAGAAAGAGGGAUCUGCAGUGUCAGUGGCUGAACAGGAACGGAAACGAGUCGUUUCUAUUCAGACAGUCUCUGGAACUGGGGCUAAUAGACUCGGCGCUGAGCUCCUGGCUCGAAAUGUGCGACCCAGAUGUGUUUGGAUCCCGGACCCUACUUGGGCGAAUCACUAUGCCAUCUGGGAGUUGGCAGGAGUGCCCCAUAAAAGCUAUCCGUACUACGAUGCGAGUCGCAAAGCUUUCGAUUUUGAAGGGACAUUCCGCACAUUAGCCGAGUCGGCAAAUGAGAAAGACGUCGUCAUUCUUCAUGCUUGUGCCCAUAACCCGACUGGAGCUGAUCCAACAGAAGAGCAAUGGAAAAUGCUAGCUCGGCUGUGCAAAGAUAAAGGCAUUAUCCCCUUCUUUGACCUCGCCUACCAAGGAUUCGCGUCUGGUGAUGCCAAGAAAGAUGCCUGGGCUAUUCGGCAUUUCUUCCACGAGCUCGAGCUGGUGGAGUUCUGCGUGGCCCAGUCCUUCUCCAAGAACUUCGGGCUAUAUGGACAACGAGUUGGCGCUUUACAUAUCGCCUUGACUUCCACUGCCACAGAGGUGGUUUCGGAGAAGGUCUUUUCAAAUUUGUGCCAUCUGGUGCGUGGGGAGUAUUCCAUGGCCCCACGAGGCGGCGCCGAGAUAGUGAAGACAGUUUUGAGUAAUAACAAGCUGCGGAAGAAAUGGCAGGAAGAUCUUACGACGAUGAGCCAGAGGAUCCAGAAGAUGAGACAUGCCCUUUUCAAUGAGCUGUCCAAACUUAACACACCUGGCGAAUGGACUCAUGUCAUAAACCAGAUUGGCAUGUUCACCUACAUUGGAUUGACAGAAAGUCAAGUCAAAGUUAUGACAGAGAAGCAUCACAUUUACAUGCUCAAGUCUGGCCGAAUCUCUAUCUCUGGCUUGAAUGAGCACAAUGUUCGAUAUGUUGCGAUGGCUAUCGACGAUGUAGUGCGCACCGUGAAAUGA